AAAAUAAAAAACUAUUUGAUAAAUUUAUAUAUUUUUAAAUAUUUUUUUGCAGCAUUGUAAUGUAAAGUUUUGGAGACGAAGUCACGAAGACAUACGCUGGGAAGGACCAAUCUCCAUUGUUGUUCGGAUCUGAGGAUUUCGCAAGAAUUUAACAGAGGACUGCCAGAAUGGGGGGAGGUAUGGAGGCAAACAAGAACAAGUUCAUAGAAGAGUGGGGGGCUGCAAGAGAGACUCUCGAGCACAACUUCCGUUGGACACGUCGCAACUUUGCCAUUAUUGGAUUGUUUGGCAUUGCCAUCCCAAUCUUUGUCUACAAGGGUAUCGUCAAAGAAUUUCAUAUGCAAGAUGAAGAUAAUGGUAGACCAUACAGGAAAUUUAUGUAAGCACCGAGGGAAAUGCUUAGAACAAUGUUUUUCAAGUGCUCACAUAGUUCCAUUUCCUGGUAAGAAUAAACUGUUUGCUCUAUUAAAACUUGCAUCGAAGUGAUGUUAACAGGCCAGUUUACUUUGUUUUGGAAUUGUAUUUUUUUCAUUUGACAUCUGACUUCGCCUUUUGUAAUCAUUUUCUCCAGCCUGAUUCGUUUUAUAAUUGACACCAACACUAUUGUCAUCACAAGAGUUUCAAGCAAUCUUUUCUCUUUGUUUAUGAUUUAAUAAAAGGAUAAAUUGGUUU